AGAGAGAAAGUGACAAUUUGAAAACACGGAAGAGUUCAUCAAUAGCAAAGUUACAUGGGUGCCCCUAAAACAUUUGGAAAUUCCGAAAAUACCCUUCUAGGUUUUGGUUCAGAAUCUCAAAUUCAACGUGACUCUUCUUCUCCGCUCUUCAAUGGCGCCGGCGUGAACAGUGCCUUCUUUUUCCUUGCACCGGGGUUUUUAUCUGAUUUUGAAAUUGAAUUCUGGAACUUGAAGCUAUUGCUAAUUCAGGAUGGGAGUUUGGACGAGAGUUCAGAUGAUAGUUCAUAUGAGAGUGACACUACUUCUGAAAUGGAUAUUGAAGUCCAACAGGUUUAUAGAAAGCAAUAUCAUAUUGCAACGGUGGUGGCUGCUUUGAUGGUUACAAACCAUGUUUUGAAAUACAUUGUCAAAGAAAAGAAAACAACGUCAAUUCUCUCCGGUCAUAGAUGGUAUACAGAACUGAUAACAGGAAAUGAUAACAGGUUUUUUGAGCAACUUCGAAUGAGGAAACAAGUCUUUCGGCAUUUGGUAUGUGAGUUAACUAACAAUUGUGGAUUGGAACCUGCUAAACAUAUUGCAGUAGAUGAAAGUGUUGGGAUAUUCUUGUAUAUGAUAGGGCAACCUUCCUCAUAUAGAAAUGCCCAAGAGCGGUUUCAACAUUCUAGUGAAACCAUUCAUAAACAUUUCAACAAAGUAUUAGAAGCUGUAUGCAAGUUGGGGAAAAAAGUCAUUCAACCUGUUGAUCUUGUUGACUCUUCUCAAUAUAUAAGAGAUGAUAAUCGAUAUUGGCCUUACUUCAAAGACUGUAUUGAGGCAAUAGAUGGCACACAUAUUAAAAUACAUGUCCCAAUAGAGAAACAAAAACCGUUUUUCAAUAGGAAAGGACAUACAAGUACUAAUGUGAUGGCUGUGUGUGACUUCAAUAUGUGUUUUACUUUUGCAUUGUGUGGAUGGGAAGGAUCUGUUCAUGAUGCAAAAAUUCUUAUAGAUACUCUUCGUAAACCCGAUUUGCGAUUUUCUUAUCCUCCAGAAGGCAAAUACUAUCUUGUAGAUUCAGGAUAUCCCUCACUUAAAGGUUUCCUAGCACCAUACAAGAAUGCAAGGUAUCAUCUUGCACAUUUUAGACUUGCUCCAGGAUUCAGAUCAAGAAAUGAAACUUUUAAUUAUUAUCAUUCUAGUUUGAGAAGUGUGAUUGAAAGAACUUUUGGUGUGGUAAAAGCAAGAUGGAAAGUAUUACAAGAAAUGCCUAAUUUCAAGCUUCAAACUCAAAUGGCUAUUAUUUGGGCGUGUUUUGCACUUCAUAACUUUUUAAGAAGAACAGACUCAAGAUAAAAAAAAAUUAUUUUUGAAAAAAAUUGAUUUUUAUGAUAGGAAACAAAUGCAAAUUAGCUUCUACUAUUUUAAAAAAUCUUUAAAAAAAAUCACUAAAUUUUUUUUAAAAAAAAUCUAUUUUUUUUUAAUCUAAAACAAACGCACCCUAUGUUGGCAGCAAUUAGUAAAAAUAUUUAAAAACAACUAUCAUAACCCAUGAUUAUAAGUAUUAAACGUAUUAGCAUAAUUUUGUUAAGAGAAAAAAUCUUGAGAUUUAAAUCCUAAAAUUAUAAAGAUACGUUAACUAGAUCUUGCUCUAGGGAGUCGACUUUGGCUUCAGAGGCAAGUCUUUCACUGUCAUCACAUGACGAGCAUAUUUCUUUUGUGAUAAUUUAGUUUCUUCUUCUCUAGCAAAUUCUUCGGAGACGGGGUUAAAUAUGUGGCACAUUAGUAUAUUUUUUUCUUUUUCUUUCUGCCUCUUUAUUUUUCUUCGUAACAUUUUUAAUCAUGGAGAUCAAAUAAUGAACAUCAUCAAAGAAUGAGCAUUAAAGAGAGAGAAAAACGUGAAAUCUACUUUAUGAUGAAUGAA